AUGCGGUCUUUCGCCCAUUUGGCGCUGGGUCUGCUCGGAGCGGCUGCCGUCGCGUCUGCCGCUGAUGCAGUGUCCGAUGUCCAUUCGCUGAACAAGGACAACUUUGAGGAUUUCGUCAAGGAGCAUGAUCUCGUGCUGGCGGAGUUCUUUGCCCCCUGGUGCGGUCACUGCAAGGCUCUGGCCCCCGAGUAUGAAAUCGCCGCUACGGAGCUGAAGGAGAAGGAUAUUCCUCUGGUCAAGGUCGACUGUACCGAGGAGUCGGAUCUCUGCAAGGACUAUGGCGUCGAGGGUUAUCCUACCCUGAAGAUCUUCCGUGGUACGGACUCGAUCAAGCCUUACCAGGGAGCUCGCAAGUCUGGAGCUAUCGUCUCCUACAUGAUCAAGCAGUCCCUGCCGGCCGUCUCUCCGGUCACUGAGGCGAACCUGGAGGAGGUCAAGGCUAUGGACAAGAUUGUUAUUAUCGGAUACAUCGCCCCCGAUGACAAGGCUUCCAACGAGACUUUCACUACUCUGGCGGAGUCUCUGCGGGAUGUCUACGUCUUCGCGGGCAGCAACGACGCCGCUCUCGCCAAGGCAGAGGGUGUCAAGCAGCCGGCCAUCGUUCUCUACAAGGACUUUGACGAGAAGAAGGCCGUUUUCGACGGCAAGUUCGAGAAGGACGACAUCAUCAGCUGGGCUAAGACCGCCAGCACCCCUCUCGUGGGCGAGGUUGGCCCUGACACUUACGCGGGAUACAUGUCGGCUGGCAUUCCUCUGGCCUACAUCUUCGCUGAGACCCCCGAGGAGCGCAAGCAGUUCGCUGAGGACUUCAAGCCCAUCGCUGAGAAGCACCGCGGCGCGAUCAACAUUGCUACCAUCGAUGCUAAGGCUUUCGGUGCUCACGCCAACAACCUGAACCUGGACCCCGAGAAGUUCCCUGCAUUCGCCAUUCAGGACACCGUCAAGGCUUCCAAGUACCCGUACGACCAGUCGAAGAAGAUUGAAGCCAAGGAGGUUGGCAAGUUCAUCCAGAAGGUCCUGGACGGCAAGGUUGAGCCCAGCGUCAAGUCUGAGCCCAUCCCCGAGAAGCAGGAGGGUCCCGUCACCGUCGUUGUCGCCCACACCUACCAGGACCUGGUCAUUGACAACGACAAGGAUGUCCUGGUCGAGUUCUAUGCCCCCUGGUGUGGACACUGCAAGGCUCUCGCUCCCAAGUACGAGGAGCUCGGACAGCUCUACGCUGGGAACCCUGACCUCGCCGACAAGGUGACCAUCGCCAAGAUCGAUGCCACCGCCAACGAUAUCCCCGAGCCCAUCCAGGGCUUCCCCACCAUCAAGAUCUUCCCUGCCGGCGCCAAGGACUCUCCCAUUGAGUAUGCUGGAGACCGCACCGUUGAGGACCUCGCCGACUUCAUCAAGGAGAACGGCAAGUACAAGGCUGAUGCCCUCGCCGCUGCGACCGAGAAGCCCCAGGAGGGCGGCGACGUCACCAACGCCCCGUCCGAGGCGACCGUUGUCCCUGAUGAGCCCGUGGAGCAUGAUGAGCUGUGA